AUGGAUUUCCAUUAUGUUUAUGUUUCGGACUUUCGUUUCGGAAUUAUAUGGAUUUCCGGCGAUUUUCUCGUUCGGAAUUUUGAGGUAAAAUGGGCAUUGGAUAGCGACGGAACAUCUCCAGACGAUAUGAGGAGAUCUACUCGCGCAACUGCGUUGAGAUGUGGUGCAGGACGACCAUGUAAGAGGACGUUGGAGUCCCUAGCAACAGACGCGCCAGAGAUACGUAUUGGAGUAGAGCCUGUUAGUCAAGGACGAACUGCGGGCGCGUCGGGCUCUCAGACCCCAAUGACUCUUUUAGAGGUGCCUACCUCGGCUGCACUUGUGGUACCCACCUCUACCGGACCUACGGUACCACCAGCGGUACCACCGGCUUACCCGACGCCACCGCCACUUGGACCUGCCGUGUAUCCGGCACCAGUGGCACCUGUACCACCAGUGCCUUCAGUGUACCCAGCACCUGCACCUGCACCUGCGGUAUUGGUUACUCCCCUUCCGGUACCAUCAUCGACCAUACCUUUAGCUGCAGCCACCUAUGCUUAUCCUACAGUGCCACCAGCGGCAUCUGCCCCAGUAUAUGCAGCAUCACCGGGGAUACCUCCCCCGGCCUAUCCAGCGAGCCGAGAUUGUUCGCUGAAGACUCAGCAUAUUGCCUCCGGAGUCAUUGCUCAUGGGGGACUGCACAGUCAGUCAGGGAUUAGACAAGGAGGGCGGAGACUUCCACCUUCACAUCGCCAGCAGGGGACAGCUUCCCCUUCAGCAGCUGCAUUUGGCAUGCUCGAACAGGAGUACCCCAAUAUAUUGAUAGAUAUUGGUAGCUCGCAUUCUUUUAUAUUCCGUACUUUUAUGCAGGAGAUUGGUAGAUUACUUACUUUCAGACCGCAGUGA